GGAGGGGGCCACCCACUGCCUCGCGCCCCCGCCCUGCGGGUGUCUCGCGCACGAUCCGUGCGUGUGAGUGUGUGGGUCUGUCUCGCGCCUAAAGUGCGUGCCCGCGCGCUCGCCUGGCGCUCUCCCCCUCCCCUCGCCCCCUCCGGGUCCUCCCACCGCACUCGGCUCCCUCCUUCCCAGCAAACGCCGCCCCUCCCGCUCUCUGGCUCCGGCUCUGGCGCCGCCGCAGCCGUCGCCGCCGGAAAGUUCAGGAGCCCUGGAAAGGACAAGGAAUAAGACGGCAGGAGGAAGAGAGAGAGAGGGUUUUAUGAAAAUUCAGAGUGUUGUUCAAUAGAGCAAAAAAUGUGAUGAGACUUCUGGAGAAGGACCAGGAACACCGUUACAUUUAGAGUUUUAAGCUUACUUGUCAUCCGCGUACAGAGGAGAACUUGAACUCUUAGAGGUAGGAUGGAAGAAUCUCACUUCAAUUCUAACCCGUACUUCUGGCCUUCCAUCCCCACGGUCUCAGGACAGAUCGAGAACACGAUGUUCAUCAACAAGAUGAAGGAUCAGCUGUUGCCAGAGAAGGGCUGUGGGCUGGCUCCGCCCCACUACCCCACCUUGCUGACAGUGCCUGCCUCGGUGUCCCUGCCCUCGGGCAUCAGCAUGGACACGGAGUCCAAGUCAGACCAGCUGACCCCGCACAGCCAGGCAUCCGUUACCCAGAAUAUCACGGUGGUCCCUGUGCCGUCGACAGGACUGAUGACCGCUGGAGUCUCCUGUUCUCAGAGGUGGAGAAGAGAAGGGAGUCAAUCAAGGGGUCCCGGCUUGGUUAUCACAUCCCCCUCAGGCUCCCUUGUGACCACAGCCUCGUCAGCUCAGACCUUCCCCAUUUCGGCUCCCAUGAUUGUCUCAGCUCUUCCCCCUGGCUCACAAGCCCUGCAGGUGGUCCCUGACCUCUCUAAGAAGGUAGCAUCGACCCUAACAGAGGAAGGAGGUGGCGGCGGCGGUGGCGGUGGCACUGUGGCCGCUAAGCCCCCACGGGGCCGAAAGAAGAAGCGGAUGCUGGAAUCGGGGCUGCCCGAGAUGAACGACCCUUACGUCCUCUCCCCUGAGGAUGACGAUGACCAUCAGAAAGACGGCAAGACCUACAGGUGCCGGAUGUGCUCCCUGACGUUCUACUCGAAGUCGGAGAUGCAGAUCCACUCCAAGUCACACACCGAGACCAAGCCCCACAAGUGCCCGCACUGCUCCAAGACGUUCGCCAACAGCUCCUACCUGGCCCAGCACAUCCGUAUCCACUCGGGGGCCAAGCCCUACAGUUGUAACUUCUGUGAGAAGUCCUUCCGCCAGCUCUCUCACCUCCAGCAGCACACCCGGAUCCACUCCAAGAUGCACACGGAGACCAUCAAGCCCCACAAGUGCCCGCACUGCUCCAAGACCUUCGCCAACACCUCCUACCUGGCCCAGCACCUCCGUAUCCACUCGGGGGCCAAGCCCUACAACUGUUCCUACUGCCAGAAGGCCUUCCGCCAGCUCUCCCACCUCCAGCAGCACACACGAAUCCACACCGGGGAUAGGCCGUACAAAUGUGCACACCCGGGCUGCGAGAAAGCCUUCACACAGCUCUCCAACCUGCAGUCCCACAGGCGGCAGCACAACAAAGAUAAACCCUUCAAGUGCCACAACUGUCACCGCGCGUACACGGACGCAACCUCGCUGGAGGUGCACCUGUCCACGCACACAGUGAAGCAUGCCAAGGUGUACACCUGCACCAUCUGCAGCCGGGCGUACACGUCGGAAACGUACCUGAUGAAGCACAUGCGCAAACACAACCCUCCAGAUCUCCAGCAGCAGGUGCAGGCGGCGGCGGCGGCGGCGGCAGUGGCCCAGGCCCAGGCCCAGGCUCAAGCGCAGGCCCAAGCGCAGGCCCAGGCCCAGGCCUCCCAGGCUUCGCAGCAGCCACAGCAGCAGCCGCCACAGCCUCCGCACUUCCAGUCCCCGGGGGCGGCCCCCCAGGGCGGGGGUGGCGGGGACAGCAACCCCAAUCCCCCGCCGCAGUGCUCCUUCGACCUGACCCCCUAUAAGACGGCAGAGCACCACAAGGACAUCUGCCUCACCGUCACCACCAGCACCAUCCAGGUAGAGCACCUGGCCAGCUCGUAGAGACCUGUGCUGCCGUCCCCCGGGGAGAGGGGAGAGAGGCUCUGGUCCCUUCUUUCUCCAGCUCCUCUUGGUGGGAAAAGUCCUCUUCUUCCUUGACAGGCCACGGCUCCAUCUCCUUGGGCCUCAGGCAUGGCCUUCUCUCACAGGAUACCAUCCUUAUUGUCUCAGCUCCUCUUCCGAAGGAACGUCAGCCCUCCUGAACGGCAGAGGAGGACUGAGCUGGCCGCGUAAUCCAGCAGCCUCCCGCCUAAGCGUAGCUUUUAACAUUGGGGGUUGGUGCUCAGGGGAGGGGUUUGCUAUGACCUCAUAGAGACUUUUCCAGCGUGGGCACUUACUCUCUCCUCACCCUCGUAAUCCUCCAAGCUCGGGCUGACAGAGGACUAGAGGCUGGCACUCCCAGACGUCCGAGGAGGGAGCCCUUAAUGCAAGCAGCCUCCUGUUCUGUUCUUGCCUGCGAAAGAACAGAGGUUCCUCCCGUGCCCCUGUCCCUGGGAGCCGUUUUCUUCCCCUCAUGAUCUCACCUCACUUCCUACCUGAUGCUGGAGGGAGGUCUGGGGCGGGUCAGACCCCCUUUAUUUGUAAAGGGGCAAGGGCCGAGAUGUGGUCCCCAAGGGGCCGGAGAUCCCCAAAGUGGCCGACGGUGGCUUAGAAGUGUGGGUUAUGGUUUUCCUUGGAGCCUCUCCCCUUCUCUGCCAGCCGAGGCCCUGUGCUCAGUCUCCCCGUCCCCAACCUAAGGAGCUGCGGGUUCUUUAUGAAACCCCACAAUAAGGGGGCUGCAGAGAAGGGAGAGUUCGGGGCAGAUGCAAGGACUGGACUUAGCUCCCUAGGUGCCGCGGUCAGUUGCCGGACACGGAUUUAUAUAUAAAUAUAUAUAUAUAAAUAUAUAUAUACCCACUCAUCACGGCCAUCUUUGUUGUAACCAUUUCUGUGUUUAUAAAUGCAUUAUCUCUGAGAAUUUUCAUAUUUGAUGUUUUGUUUAUUUUUGUCCCUUUUGUUUUUCUCCACCCUGUCUUCUGG